CCGUACAUGAUCGAUGUCGAUUCGAGACAGGGUCGUACCUCACUGUACAGUUAGCUCUCGCUGAUCACCCGCAACACCAUAACAACUUUAUGCUGGAGACGUGUUUAACAGGGCGCGGAAAAUGUCCGUCACGGACUUCGCCUCCUGCAGGAAUUUUUGAAUGCGACUUCGACGCGAAAGCCUACGGACACCACCAGUCGCUAUUGGACCUAGCUUCGAGGGAGAAAUCACUCCGGAUAAAAGCUAACGAGUUAGUACGGGACCCAGUCCAGAAAUCCUAUGCGCGUUCUCAUGAACAAUCGGACAUCAAGGGAUGUCCUGGGAGGAAUUUCUCAAGAAAGGUGACUCAUGCAGGUGCAAAUGGGAACGUUCUUCUCACUACAAUAAGUAACAUCGGGGACUCUUUUGGGAGGUUAUCGGACAGCAUAGUGGGCAGCGUCGUAACUGUUCCCACUAAUCUCACCACAAGUAUCGCCGAUGGUUUCAGUGAGAUCCAGUUCAUCCUCAUGUCGUCCGACGAAGGCCACUCGUCGUGUAAGGUGGGAGACGCACCCACACUUCUCAAGAACGCCAGGUUCAAUGAGUCGCUUCCCACUGCUUUCUUUAUCCAUGGAUACCUGGACGGGCAGGAUAGUGAGAGCCUGAUCGCAGUCUCUGGAGCGUUCGUACGCAAAGGAUCACACAACAUUAUUGCUGUCGAUUGGAGCGAGUAUUCCGGUUUCCCAUACCUCUCCGCCUUCAGUAACCUUCCAGGCGCCAGCCGGACGAUAGGAGACGCACUGAGCCGCAUGGUGGUGGCUGGACUCCCAGCAGAGAACAUUUGGCUCAUCGGACACUCCCUUGGCGCACAAAUGACAGGAGUCGUGGCGCAGAACGUUGACUUCCGCUUUCAAAGGAUAACAGGCCUGGACCCCGCUGGGCCCGGCUUCGGCAUCGCCGGCGUCGCCAGCCUGACGAGGGACGCGGCUGCGCUGGUCGAGGUCGUGCACACCGACGCGGGGAGCUUGGGCACCGAGGACGCCAGUGGCCACAUCGACAUCUGGCCGAACAAAGGCAAGGCUGUCCAGCCAGGCUGCCUCUUUUCCGUGGACGAGGAUACGUUCUGCAGCCACGCCCGGGCCUUCAUCUACCUCGCGGAGGCGGUGGAGCACCCGGACGCGUUCCCGGCCGUGCGGUGCGCGUCGUGGAAUGCCUUCCGUCGCGGCGAGUGUCCCGUCAACGGCACUAACGUCGUGUACCUGGGGUACAGUCAGCCCGAUCAGGGUGCGCGGCAGUCAUGGAAGCCAUCCAAUUUUGCCCGCAGAAUAAUUGAUUGUCUUGUUUAUUGAGACAAAGCAUCCAUAUGAGGUCUACACAAACUUAAAACUAAACUAAAAAAAACGCACACUUCCCAAAAUUUAUUAAAGAAACGAGAGCAUUAUGGUGAGUGGGUGUUAAGUGCAAAGCGUGAAGAAAAGGUGUGCCUGUAUCACUUUUUAAAAAGUCAUCGAGGUGGCUACAUAAAAAUUUAUACCUAGCAAUAGCAAUGACGCUGUGUGAAAUCUAGGCCACACCGAACAACGAUUUUCUGAACUCGUAGCGCACAGUUCGCUCUGCAGUAACACUUGUUCUGGACUUCUUUUGCAGUCGACAUUCAUGAUGCACCCGUCUCAUUUUCUGGGGUACUAACAACAGGUUUAAACUGUUAAUUUCCAGCAAAAGUCAAAACUG